CCGCCCCGCCGGCGAGUCCCAGAGUGUAUGUAUAUAAGGGCGCGGGGGUCAGCCCCACUGCCAGCGGCGCCCAGUGUGGGGACAGGACUCUCGGAGGCCGAAGCGCGGUAAGGCAGGAGCGCGGCAGGAGCGCGGCAGGAGCGCGGCAGGAGCGCGGCAGGAGCGCGGCAGGAGCGCGGCAGGAGCGCGGCAGGAGCGCGGCAGGAGCGCGGCAGGGGAGCUGCGGGAAGGGGCUGCGCCGCAGCACCGAAACCGAAACCACCGUGGCGCAACCCGCUGAGUGAAGGUCCAGAAGGUCGAGGGUGCUUGAUUUUGUUUUAAUUGCUAAGCCUCAAAGACUGCGGCCAUGUCUCUGGAAGACAUCCACAUGAACACCAAGGAUUUGCUUGAAAAAAAACAAUUAGAUGCUGGAGGAUUUGGAGUAAUUUCUUUAUGCUUUCACAAGAAACAUGGAUAUGUAGUAUUAAAAAAAGUAUAUACAGGACCACAGCGCACUGAGUACAAUGUUUCCCUUCUUGAAGAAGGCAGGAUUAUGCGCAGGCUGCAGCAUGACCGCGUGGUAAAGCUGCUCGGUGUCAUUUUGGAAGACGGAAACUACUCACUUGUGAUGGAGUAUGUGGACCGGGGGAACAUGAUGAGAGUGCUGCACAGUCUCUCACUACCUUUGUCAGUGAGAGGGCGUUUCGUGCUGGAGAUCACAGAAGGAAUGUUUUAUCUGCAUGAGCAAGGCUUUGUACACAAAGACCUAAAACCAGAAAACAUCCUUGUGGACAGAGACUUCCACAUUAAGAUUGCAGAUCUUGGUGUUGCCUCCUUUAAGUGCUGGAGUAGGCUGACCCAAGAAGAAACUGUCCGACAGAAGCAAAUGAAGAGCACUUACCAGAACAAUGCUGGGACUCUUUUCUAUAUGGCCCCAGAGCAUUUACGCUGUGUUAAUGCUAAACCAGUGGAGAAAUCAGAUGUUUACAGCUUUGGCAUUGUGAUCUGGGCAAUUUUUGCCAACAAAGAGCCAUACGAAAAUGGUAUAAAUGAAACCCAGAUUUGCUUUGGCAUCAUUAAUGGAAACAGACCAGACAUAGAGGAGAUCACUGAUAAAUGUCCAGUGGAAAUUAUUGACUUAAUGCAGCAAUGCUGGGAUGAAGAUUCAGAGAAACGUCCAACCUUUGCAGAAAUCAGUGAAAAAUACAAGCCAUUUUACUAUGAAAAUCUAGAAAAAAAUAUUGAAGAAGAUCUGAAGAAUUUAAAAGAAAUGUGGCCUGAGCCAAAUGAACUGCUGCAUAGCAUGGAAUCCCUUCAAAUAGAUGCUGUACCAGAAUAUACCAGCAAUGGUCAAGUAGAUCAGCCUAAUUCUCUACACAGCUCUCAAGGUCCCAUGACCAGUGAGGUUAACAAAGCCCUGGUGGCUGCCUCCCCUAAGAACCAGCCCGUUGAGAGCUGUGAGACCUCAUUUUUAUCUCCUGAUCAUCUGGAAAGAAAACUUGAGCACGAAUACAACUACCACGCGUACGGGAGCCGGAUGGAUAAAGCAGUUCCACCUGGAGUGUACAGCCCCGAAGUGCUAGAGGAGGAAAGGAGACGCAGAGUUGCCUGCGAUCCGUUUGCAAAGCUCUCUACUACUUCUCAAUGGAGUGAACUGUAUCCAAGAGCUGAAAUAACAGGGUCAAACACUAAUCCAUAUUUCUGGCCACAGGCGGCUGCAACAACGCCAAAAUGGGGAAAUGUAGAUGCUUUUUACGGGCCCAAUUCCAACAGCCUUCCAACAGGAAACCCAGUGGAUGCCUUUGGAUUGUAUUCACCCAGUAACUUCAGCCUAAGUAAACCUCCUGUGCCGGAAUCUGGGCAAAACCUGCAGUCACAGACCAACGUAAACUGGUAUUCAAACAAUUCAGAUACAGAUACAGGUUACAGGGAUUCCACUUCUUUCACAAGGGGAACAUUUCCAUACUAUCCUAGUGCACCCACAGUAAGCCCAGUUCCUUAUACAGAAGAUUCAAUCAAGUACAACAUAAAUAACAGCUCUGGAAUUCAAAUUGGAUCCUACAAUCACAUGAAGAUUGAAGAGCAGAAUCCACAUGUCAGCACUUGUCCUGUUGCUAUGGAAGCCAUUUAUAAACAUUAUGAAGCAAAGGGUGUAUUUGACAAUACUACUGGCCUGACAGAUAAGCACUUGAAUCUUGUGAGAGAAAAUCUGGCUAAGCAGUGGAAGCACUGUGCUCGGAAACUGGGCUUCGGAGAUCCUGAGAUCGAUGAAAUUGAUCAUGACUAUGAACGAGAUGGACUAAAAGAAAAAGUUUACCAAAUGCUGCACAAGUGGGAAAUGAGGGAAGGCUCCAGAGGUGCUACAGUUGGAAAACUCGCCAAGGCCCUCAUUGGCUGCCAAAGACUGGAUCUCCUUAAUAGUUUGAUGGAAAUCCAGGAAGAGUAAGUUUACUGAGAACAGACUUUCUAGAGCUCUGCUUUUUGCACAGACUUUUUGGAGCAUAUUUUUUUCACCUACCAGUUCUCAGUGAAUAUCUCCAGUAAAACAAAAAGUUAAUGUCACAAUAUUUGGUCUUCCAAAGGAUUAAAAAAAAAAAAAAAAGGCAUCUUCCUUCCAAAUAGAAUGAUUGUCCAAAGAUAACAACAACAAAAUGCAAGACAAAUAUCAAUUCAAGGAGAAUGUGUUGCACAAAAUUUCUGCAUUCUACACUUGAAACGUGUUGGUAGUGUUCAGUUCCGAAGAUUGAUCUACUGCUUGAAAAACUUGUGUAGAAACCAAAAUCAACCCUUCUAUUUUGCCACAAGUGCCAAUACUUAUGCCAGUAUUUGACUGGUCUAAGUCAAUAAUACAUUUCAAAUAUUUUUAUAAUUUUUAUUAAAUAUAGAUGUCUAGAAUUAUGUAGAAUAGCAGCACAAGUAAAAGAAAAACCUAUUUCUGGCUUUAAAAGCCUAUUUUAAAAGCCUAUUCAGGCUUUAAAAGCCUAAAAGUGAUAUUUUAUAGUUAUGAUGUUGCAUUAGAUUUUUACAUUGUUUGGUGGAAAAGAUUUUACAGGGUAAGAGUCUCAUCUGCUUUAUAAAAUAAUGAAAAAAUAAGUUCAAUCAGUGUGCAAUCCAAAUUAAAAUCUCAAGAAUACAACAGUUUUGAGAAGGGAAAGGUGCCUUAUUACCUCUUGACUGAAGACCCAUUCUCCUACUUGCUCCAGGGGGCUCAGUGUCACUAGGUUCUGAAUCUCUUAGGCUGCAUUUGUAUUAAUAGGUUAAAUGUGCCUGGAAAUGUCACUGGAUGCUGAGAUUAAACUGGCAUGCUGCAGCCUGCUGCCAGAACAGCAAAUUCUUUAAACCUCCAAAAUGUUGUGCAAAGAUUGUUUCACAGCACUCAGGUUUUGUUUCUGAGGAACACUGGAACAGCUCUGUAGCGUAGGUGAUGGCAUCCCAGUGCCUGGAAAUAUUCCUUGUCACUCUGACUUCCUGAUAUUGAUGUAAUCUCAGUGUGCAGUGUCUAUGAAAGAAGAAUUACUGGAAGUUUUUUGACUGAAGAAUUAUGCCAAACUCUUCUUAGGAGGGACAACACCUCCUGUUCCAUCAGAUUUACAGAUAUUUCAAGCAGAUGUUUUGGGUAAUUGUUUAACCUGUACAUGGAGCACCAGGUGUUCAUAUUGUUCAUAACUAUUCAUUUAAGUUGUCAAAAAAAGUGCUAAUAACUAAUGGAGUGCAGCUAGAAUGGAUUUCUGCCCCUUGAUACAUCAUGCCCCAUUUCAGUGGAAGCAAAAGGAAACUGUAAUCAAAGCAACCAUCAACAUAAUUGUCAUCUUUAAACCUACUUAAAAUUUAUUGCAUUGCCUUACGGGUUUGAGUUAGCAACAUGCUAAAUCUUCUAUAAACUCUUGAGUACAAUAGAAUGAUGUGGUUUAUCUGUAUAAUAUAAUAAGCAUAUACUUCCCAGAAAAAGAAAACUUAUUCUUUAAGCAGAUAGAGAGAUGGGGUAGGGGGUGUCUUCUCUAUGCCAGUCCACAGAGCUAGAGCCAGCAGCUACUGUGUUAGUUCACGAAACAGAUCCCUGAACAGAUCACAAAGUCAAUUUAUAUUCUGUUAACACUGGUUAAACCGUAUUGCUACAUCAAGACCCAAGCCCCCAUUGGUUUUUAAAGUCUUCUAUAUCUGCAGUGUUUAUUUAAACAAUAUGCAAUUUUUCAAUAGGAAGACCUUUAUCUUAUUUGGUACACAGAAUGAAUGAUGAUCAUUUAAUGGACAUACAUUAAAUGCUUAAUUUGCUCUUUAUUGAAGCAAGUCUGGACCUUACUUUAUGAAACAAGAAGAGAUGUGAAACACAAACAUGAAGCAUUUUGGAACAAGACUUAGUCAGGGGGCAGUCCUAGAUCUUUAAUGCAGGACGGGGGAGAUGAAGGUCAUUUUACCUUUGGUGCUUGUCAAGUCCAAUUCUAGACUAAUGCUCAUAGUUCAUGUGACAUUGUAGAUGGUACAGAACAAAAAAACAAUUGAACUCACCUAGAGAUGAACUCCUUCACUACAGCCCUUGCAGAACUUGAUCACAGAUUCAGCUUCCUAGGCAGAAGGGCCAAAGUAUUACAAGUCCUUUAGCAUAUCAUGGAAAACCACAUAAUAGGACACAAUGCCGGGAAGCAGCAGCCAGGCAUGUCAAAUUAGAAUACGUAUUUAAAAAUAAGGAUGAUGAACUACUGGAAUAAACUACCUAGGGAGUCUGUGGAUCUUCUUAUUAUCUCUUAAUUAAGACUGGUCCUGUUUCUUAAGAUGGCUGUAAUUGAAAUCAAAACUAUAAGUCUCAAUACAAGGUUAACUAGGUGAAAUGUAAAAGCAAAUGGUAUACAAGACGUCCAAGGAAAAGCGUUAGCGUUCUCCCCAACCUAAAAAUUUGCAGAAACAUUAAGCAUGGAAGAGACAGAUAAGCUAAUACUAAUUAUUAGAUUGCUCAUUUCAUCUACAACUCUACCCCUCUCCCCCUGCUCAAAAAAAAAAAAAAAAAGGAAAAAAAAUUAAGGAUGGACCUGAUUUUUGAAAAGCAACCUUUCAUGAGAAAUCAAAAAUGCAGGAAAAUAAUGGGGACAAGGAUGAAAGAGAGUGAUGUAUUAUGGCAUAGAUCUGAUACCUUUCAUGGCAAAACAAAGGAGAGAAAGGACAGGAGAGUAAUUUCACAUCAAACUGGCAAGACAUCAGCCUCAAGGGCAGAAGCAUCAGUAAUGCAGCAGCCUUACAGAGAUUUUUCAUAAAAUUGGUGAGGUGCAAGACAGGGAGGAAGAGGCCAUGGGUUGCAGCAGCAGACCUCCUUGUGGUCUCUCCUUGGAGAACAGCAGGUGAACUCAUCCAGUUAUGCACAAGGACAUUAUGUUUUCCCAUUUUAAGAGAGUAAGUGCUUUGAGACUUUAGAUCAAAUAUAACUCAAGCACAACUCCUGCCCAUUUGCUGCCCUCAUCACACAGCAGCCAAUCUGUGCUGAAACUCUUAAAUGCAGAGACGACUGAGUCCAUGUAAUUCAGAGCAAUUAAUUUAAUUUUGUUACUACACCCCCACUAACAGUGUACAAGCAGCUGAGGAAUUUUUACUCCUUCCAAAAUAGUUUCUAAAUAAUACCAAUUAAUAAUGCUGAAUUAAAAACUCAGAGAGGACAUUAUUGCAAGUAUUUGAUAUGUGACCUCUGAACUAAGCUGGCAACAUACAGCUCCUCUUCCUCAGAGGCCAGUUUCCAAGGAGAGGCAACAUUCAACACUUUGCCUCUGACUGAUAAAGCAGCUUUAAGCAAACGAGGUCACUUUUCUCUGAUAGAUUUUUCAGCACUGUUCAAUAACAAAUGAAGACCAUCUUUCAGUGUGGAGGCACAAAGGAAAUUGAGUAAGAAUCCCUAAGCCUCUGAAACAUGCUCAGCCAUGUACACAGCGAGAAGGAGCUACAGUGAAACUAAGGCAGGAUCACCCAGUACAAGCAGGGACACAUUAGAGCUAAGUAGCACCCGGGAGAGUGUUCUUCACUGGAUCCUAGUGCCCUCCAGGCAUUUUUUCCUACCCCUUCCUCAUCACAGCCCCUACAGGCUACAGAAAGUGCUCCUUGCAGCAUGCUAGGUUUCCCUUCUAGCAUACCAAUUAGCAAUAGGAGUCGGCCGACCAUUUGUUCCUCAGCACACAAGAGCAGCUAGUGAAAGUGCAGCUCCUUAAUACUGCCCCCUGGAAAAAAGGAAGGAGGAAGGUAGGAUCCAAACAGACUCUAGGUUGUAGAGAUUGGAAGUGAUCUUUGUCCUGGAGGAAGUAUUGCCUAUGAGUGAAACAAAGGCAGCCGGAGUUCUGACUUAUGCUGGGAUUCCCCCUCCUCCACAACUCUUAAGUAGGUCACUUCCUUUAGCAUGGUUUCCUUGUCUCUUUGGUACAGACACUAACUUCUGCCAGAACUAAGAUGUGAUCUGAUAAUAAGCAUUGUUGCCUAUAGAGCUCAGAGAGAUGCUUGAUAAGAACUGCUUGAAACAAAAACCCCACACUAAUUUCUUUAAUAAACCAGUAAUACUGCUGGAUUUUGAAUGAUGGGUUGCAACUCCUGUUGCACCUGCAUCCCACACAUUCCCCUCUCUCAUUAGCUGAGUGAACUAAAUGCGGCACUGGAAAGGAUGUUCAUGGAGUUCAUCAAAAUAGAUUUGCACAACCCCUUCCAUAAACAAAUCAAGAACCAUCUUCUAAAAUAUUACUCUUGCCUUCUUCAAGAGACAAGCUGUUUCUUCCUCAUACCAGAGUAUUUGGAGUCAUUUCACAUCUCUGUGUCUAGAAUGUCCUAAAUAUGGUCAGAAAUUAUACCAAGACUAUGCUUGGAUUUACAAGAUGUAGAUUGUAUUCAACUUUGAAAUUACAAGAACACCACCCAUUGAAGGGCCCGAGGGCAGGUGUGUCAGAUUUAUAAUACAAUUAUUCAUGAACAUACAAAAGAUAUGCAGACACUGCUUAAGUUGACAGACACUAUCCUUUGCUAGCAUAAGAAAACUGCCAGCAAACAAAGAAAAUCAUUACAUACGUGUCUGUGUUUUAGUUUCUUCAUCAGUCUGAAAUGUUCUUUGAGCCAAGGUAUCUGGGAUAUUUUUCUACCAUCUGUUCUGCUUAUGACGAAGUAUCUUUUCCUUUGUGAUGUAAGUCAUCGUUCUCAGUUUGGCCAAUAUUCUAACUAAAUAAACCUCCCGCUACAAAACUGCAUACUGCUACUCCUCACACUUCACAGCUUCAAAAGUCAUGCCGUAUUCAGUGUUUCUUGUUUGGAAGGUCAAUACCAAAUCACGGAAAUAUCAGUAUUUUCACAUUUGUUCUGAAUUUGGCAAUUCCCCACUACCUAAAUCUUACCACUUUGUGGAGCUGAAGCAACAAGAUUUUUGUCCUCAGGUGAAAACAUAACAAUCAAUACCCAAGAAGCACAAGAGCCCAAGCAACAAAACAGUCCUGAAAUAGCAGGAUAUUUCACCUCAUAGAAGCAGAUAAAAUAAAGGAGGCAAAAAUAAUCAGUCACUGUGUUCACAGACUCAGGAAGCAAUGUCUACAACAGUAUCUGGAUCACUGGAGACCCCAACAGCUCAAAAAUGCGGUUGUAACACAGCCAUGGAGGAAGGGAGCAGGGGCAGGUAUUGAUGGCACUGUGCUGAGCUGAAAUUAGGCUCCAGGACCCAUGAGCCAGGCUGUGGAGGAGAUCCCAGCUGAGGCUGAUUGUGGCUAUCAAAGCCUAAUAGUGCCCCAAUGGACCUGACAAAUGAGUUCCUUCUUGAAAACUCCAGAGUUAAAUCCCUGCUAGCACUGGUGAUUCUUGUGUUUUGUAAGGGAUCGAUGCUCCUGAUAGGAGAAUCCCAUGUGUGGGUGAAAAUAAUACCUCUUAAGAACCGGAAUUAGUCUUUCUGACUGAUGAUCCAGCAGAUCUCAAGGGACCCACUACGUCAAUAACUGACUAGACCUUUUCUAGAUUUUCUACAAUCUGUAGAAGUACAAAAUAUAGUAGAUACAUCUUUUCUAUCCAACCAUGAACCAGAAAACUCCUCCUUGCAAUUUAAUAGGCAUAUUUAAAUUUCAUUGUUCUGCACUUUUGUCCCUUACAAGAAGUUCUGGAAAACUUUUCCCCUGGUGUUCAGUUCCAUAAGGAACAAAUCCAUGCAGCACCAACAGUGCAGCCUGGCUGCAGGGACUGUGAUUGUUCAUCAGAGGUGACAAAAUCUCACUGUGCAGCAGUGAUACCCUGCAGAGCAUUACCGGGGUAUGAGGGAAAUACUGCCAGUAGUAGAUGACCACAGGGAAAAAAUGGUGCUACACCAAAGGGGACAAAAAAUGACAGGGGCAGUUAAAAGGGAAAUCUAUCCUCAGGGACACACCACCAGCAGAGCAGUGCUACCUCUUCCCAACAUUGCCUUUUCCUUUUUUUGUUUUUCUUUUCUUCUCUAUGCAGUGGCCAGAAACAGGUAGUUUCCAGCCUGAACCAUCAGAAGUAAUCAGAGAAAUUAAAAUAUUUUAUGGGAGUGGUCAGGAAAACUAGUGCUGCAGUUGUUCUCAACACUUUCGUGUGUGUAAAAGUAAAAAGCUGUGAGCAGCCUGUGUCUGGGUUACUCGUUUUUUCUCUGCUUUCAGCUAGUAAUUUAUGAAAUCAUAUUUGAGGAAAUAGGUGAACUGAAAUUCUGUGUUCUCCCAGCUGCCCAUUAUGUUCAAAUCUGCUUUACUAACAAGACUGGAUGUUCUGGUGAACUAAGCUGAACACAGUUUGAAUCUGCUAGUUUACACUCUGUUUAUCCUCAGAUCAUCCACCACCUGCAUUCAGCCGUGACAGAGUCCUGCUUUCACUGCUGUACCUGGGGCCAUUUCCCUGUGGGCCCAGGCAGCAAUUCUCCUUGAGUUGCUCCCCUCACAAUGCCAGUCCUUCAACACACACAGAGAAAAGGAUCUUUUGCAAAUGCCAUUUCUGCCCAACUGCCACAUUAUUUUUCUCUCUUCGUGCCAAAGAAGUCAGGGCACUGCCUGUGGAAGGGCUUGCAUGGUCCAGGCACUUGGGAGAGGAAUAGCCACUGUACAGGCCCCUUAUGCUCCAGAGCUGUGGUUGCAGCUGGAGAUGACACGCGGUGCAACAGCUCAACUGUGACAGCCCUCUCACCACAGGGACCUCCCGAUUUCUGUCACACUGACAAUGGAGUUCACCCACCUGAAACCUUCCCAGAUCUAGGCGGUACAUAGAUCUCCCCAUCUCCCUUUUCUCUCAUCUGGGAAGGGCAUUUGGAUUUACCUUUCUACUUACUUCUUUCCCCAUCACUACACUGUAUGACAAACCCUUUCUACCUCAUCUUUCAGCACAUGUUCUGAGAAUUUACUGUUUCCUUCAGCCUUAGUAAGUAGUUGAUAUGGAGGUGUCCUGGGUUGAAAAAUGUAACCAAAAAUGUGUAUUCUAUUUUCAUCUGUUGAAACCAGUUGGGAGAUGUUGUUCUUUAUCUCUUGUAACUCUAGGGGUGGAAAGAGGGCAGAUGCCCUCUGUUAAUGGGACACCCGAUAAUACCAGAUAUGGCAGUGCCUUCUUAUCUCUUCCUCCACCCAUCCUCCUCCGAGGAACAUCACCUGUGAAUGGGCUGUUUAAGGCCUCUCACGUGACUGAUAACAUCACCUCAUUCCACUGUGAGAUGCUCCACCCAGUGGGAGGAGCCAAAGCCUUUCCACCAGGAUAAAACCAGCAAUCCCAAACACCCAGGGAGCCUGUUUUGACUGGAUUCCCAGAGGACGACUGGACCCUUUCUUGAGGAUCAUCUCUACUUCAACAGAGCCACAACUGUCACUCUGGGAGGACUUAUUUCGGACAGCUUCCAACACCCUGACCAACACGGUGCCAGGUUUACAUUCUGACUCUGUCAGUGGUCCUUUGUACUAUUGCAUUUAUCUUAUUUUAAUUUUUUUUACCUUUUUUUGUUGUUUGUUUCUUCCCUCUCUAUUAAAUUGUAUUUCUGA